AUGAGCAGCAGCUGGGCACGGACCGUCAUCUGCAUCGUCGCGGUCGCGGGCGCCGCCACCGGCACCGCGCUUCUCUAUAGGUAUGCGACGCGCGGCCUCGGUGGCGAGCAAGACCGGUCGCGCGAGCUGCCCACCGCGCGCAACACUGCGUCGACGGCGGUUGUUUCGGAGACGACCAUGACGGACGACGUCGACGAGCUCGCUGCGCUGGCCGACGAGCCCAUGGCCGACGACGCGCAGUUCAACCACCUCGUCGUGCAAGAAGGCUCGAUGCUGCUUUCGCUGUUUGGCGUCGCCUUUAUGGCGAUCGUGGCCAUUGUGGCCAUCUUGAUUGCGAUGACGAGCACGCAGUCGGUGUUCCAGAUGGACAUGUUUGCGCCGCUCAUGUUUAUCGGCAUGGGCAUUGUCGCGGCGUCCAUGACCCACACGGCCCAGCACCGCCCGUUGCCCGAGUCUGUUAUGCCGCCGCUUCUUGCCGAAAAGAGCGUGUAUCCCGACAACGAAAUGAACAUGGAUUCGAACCCGACGCCGCUGCCACCAACUCCGGUCGCAGCGCCGGCGCCCGUGGUCCCAGCCCAGCCGGCAACGCGAAGCCUCCCGGCGGCCCGCGCACCUGCAGGCGAAGCGCCAUCGAUUGAGUCCAUUCUCCGCCACGCCGACGAGCUCUACGACCAGGUUCGGUUCCGAGACUUGCACGCGUACUUGGCGACGAACCUCCAGCACUACCCCAAGGACGUGGAACUCCUCUGGCGGUGCGCGCGGUCAUGCCAGGACAUGAUGCCCGACAGUGCGAGCGACGACGGCAAGAAGACGCUGGCGUUUGAGGGCCUCAAGUACGCCGAGGAAGCGUACGCGGUCAACCCCAACCACGCCAUGAGCAACAAGUGGAUGGGCAUCAUGACAAGCACGUGUGGUUCGUUCUUGGGGACGUCCAAGAAGAUUGAAGGCGCAUACAAGAUCAAGGAGUUUAUCGCGCGCGCGAUUGAGCUCAACCCGACGGACGCCACGUCGCACAACAUCCUCGGGCAGUGGUGCUUGGCGUUUGCGAGUCUCUCGUGGUACGAGAAGAAGGCGGCGGCCGUCAUCUUUGGGACGCCGCCGACCGCCACGUACGAGGAGGCAGUGCGCCAUUUUCACGACGCCGAGAGCAUUAGCCCCGGUUUUUGGAAGAAGAACAGCUUCUUGCUCGGCGAGACGUACCUCAAAAUGAGCAACAAGACCGAGGCCAAGCUCUGGCUCGAGAAGGCGAAGGCAGUGCCCAUCAAGACGACCGAAGACAAGGAAGUCCACGCCGAGAUUGAGAAGCUCCUCCGAUCGCUGUAG